UCCAAAAUGAAUUCUAAUCACUAAAAAAUAAAACCAUAUUCAAUAAUGCCAAAUAAUAAUAAAUUCAAUACAAUAUUGAUAUAUAUCACAAAUACUAGUAUCAGCUUCCAGCCUCCAACCCUACAACUACAAGGAUGAGUGGGAAGCCAAGGAAGGAGAACGAAACGCAGAGGCAGUUCCACGUUGUGGCACGCUGGGUCCCGCCAUUUCUUCCUCCUCCUCUUCUUUCACAACCCCAUGCCUACUAUCGCCGAAGGACACACAAUUUGGCGGGGAGGCCAUGGAAGCAACUAGUUCGAAUUCCUUCGACUGCCUACGGGGUUUCGCCCCCACCACGAAUUACAUAAGUAUUCUGCGUUCUGCUUCUCUUAACCCUUCUUCUUCUUCUAUCCAUGGCGCUUACCACCAAAGCCCUCUUCAAUAUUGGCGUUGUAGUGGGUCGAGCGGACAUUCUUCAGAAAUUCAACAAGCUGAGAGCUUUACCUCUCUUCUCAAGAUCACAAAGUAUUCUGAAACUUAUCGAGACGGGGGUUCCAAGCAAACGUUUGUCAAUUGUGCAUCCUUGAUUCAAAAUCUGCGUAAGGAAGGGAUGCCUCAUCUCGCCCAUGAGGUUUUUCUUGAGAUGAAAAGUGAAGGGUUUCUACCCGACAGCUCGACUCUUUGUGCUCUAAUGCUCUGUUAUGCGGAUAAUGGUCUCUUCCCUCAUGCUCAAGCAAUAUGGGAUGAGAUGUUAAACAGUUCCUUUACGCCCACCAUAGAUGUAGUUUCCGACUUAAUGCUUGCUUAUGGGAAGAAGGGAUUGUACGAGGAGGUAGCCAAGAUUGUCGAUCAGCUGAGUUUAAGGCAUACCGAAAUGCUACCAAAGGUAUACCCUUUGGCUAUUUCUUGCUAUGGGCAGGGAGGACAGCUCGAGUUGAUGGAAAGCACUGUGAACCAGAUGGUUUCAAAGGGCUUUAAACUUGGAUCCUCCGUCGCAAAUGCCUUCCUUAGAUAUUACAGCAUUCAUGGGUCUUUAACUGAAAUGGAGGCUGCAUACCAUCGUGUUAAAAGGUCCAGGGUUCUCAUAGAGGAGGAAGGAAUCAGGGCAAUGUCGUCUGCAUACAUGAGGCAGAGGAAGUUUUACCAGCUUGGUGAGUUUGUGAGGGAUGUCGGUCUUCGUAGGAGAAAUGUGGGGAACCUCUUGUGGAACCUUCUGCUGGUAUCUUAUGCAGCAAAUUUCAAGAUGAAAAGCUUGCAGAGGGAAUUUGUCAGCAUGCUGGAUUCCGGGUUUCAUCCCGAUCUCACGACAUUCAACAUCCGAGCUAUGGCGUUUUUGAAGAUGUCCUUGUUGUGGGAUCUUCAUCUGAGCCUUGAACAUAUGAGACACUGUAAAGUCGAUCCUGAUCUGGUGACUAUUGGAUGUGUGGUCGACGCUUACUUGGACAAGAGAUUGGGUAGGAACUUGGAGUUUGCGUUCAGGAAAUUGAAUUUGGAUGAAUCUCCUGCAGUGCUCACCGAUCCUUUCCUGUUUGAGGUAUUGGGGAAGGGAGACUUCCAUGCUAGCUCCGAGGCAUUUAUGGAGUUCAGGAAGCAGAGGAAUUGGAGUUACAAGGAUCUUCUAGCUAUUUAUGUUAGGAAACAACAUCGAAGUAACCAGAUCUUCUGGAACUACUAACUAGCAGAUUGCUGGGAACAUGAGAAAGUUGAUGUAGAGAAGAUGAAAGCUCAUUUUGAUGGUAGCAAUUACUGGUGAGUCUUUUUGCUGAUACACUACUAGUACAAGGAUACAAGCAGAGGUUUCAUUUUUCUACUCCGGUCAAUCUCACGAUUUAUCUUGUGUAAUGGUUGUGUUAUAUGAACAGAGGAUGAUGCCAUGGCAGGGCUUGCCUUAUUUAGUGAAGCAAUGGAUGAAUUGGUUGCCUAAGAUGAUAGUCAAACACUUAGUAAGGGGCUGGCUCUGUGCUUCGAUCGACAUUCAGAUUAUUGGAGAAGCUGCAAUCCUUGAUUUGACCGUGAUGAUACCUUUUUUUGCCACUUACCCGUUGCUAUUGGGAAACCAUGUUCAAUCCGUUGGAGGCUAAGAAAGGCAGAGGAUUUGCUUGGUGUCAAAUUGUAUUCACAUUUUUUCGCUUAGGAAACUUUAGUGUUUGAUAAAGAUGAAUUGCAUGUUAACUUCUUGACUUCUUGAGCAAAGAUAAUAACAUGGUUCACAUCACUUUGAAUAAUGUUCGAACAAAUAUAUUUGAUGUUUUUUUAUGGGAUUAAGUUAUGCCAAAUUAUGGAGACUCAGUGAGAACUCCAUAAAUGAUCCAUGGCCUAUUUGCAAAGAAAUAGUAAAUUUUGACAUUGGAUAUAAAGUGUUUGCUUGUGAAACCUCUUUCUAGUUUUCUUUUUCCUAUUUAUAACCACUGGGUGUAACUGUCCUAGUGACCAUCAACUGGUCGGUUGCUCCAACUGUCUCGGAGUGCUCAUUAUUGUCUUGAUGACUAGUUGAUAACCGUUGUCUUGGUGUUCAUUCUCAUCGUCUUGGGGACCUCUCGUCCCACCUUAGUGACUGGUUGGUGAUUGAUAGCCUCGAUGUCGGGUUGGGUUGGUAUUGCGUACUGUCUAUUUGUUGGUGUUUACCAAUACAACAUUAUGAUUACUUGAGAAAAAAAACUUCUGUUGUGGCAUCAUUCCAUGAUAUAUACAAAGAAUGAAUAAUAAUAAUAAUAAUAAUAAUAAUAAUAAUAAUAAUAAUAAUAAUAAUAAUAAUAAAAAGGGGAGUUCAUAGUUAACAUUUAACAUAAAUACGCCCAACUAAUAUAAUUUUAUUACCAUCAUUAGAAGUAGUCACCUAAAAAAAAUAUAUCAAUUGUACGAGGGUAAUGAAUUAGGUAUCUAUGU